AUGGCAAACAGGAAGUCGACGCCAGCCCGGGCUGCUAAAAAGGGCCUUAUGGGUAAGAAAGCUGAGAUCUACAAAUUGAUCGAAGAGGCAAACAGGAAGAAAUCUCUUUCUGGCACCAAGCUGCCACCUGGCACGGCGAGCGUCCGUCUUCCACCGCUGCAGCCCAGCAGCCGAGACAAUCCACGUAGGCCGCUUUGUCGACAACCUAAAAAGAUCGUCCCAGGCCUGAUACAAGAUCAGAAACCCGUUCUUUUGGAAUCAGAACACCUACAUCAUCCCGGGAAACCACUCGGUCAUUUUCCAUUCCUCGAACUUCCUGGAGAGCUCCGAAACAAGAUUUAUGAAUACGGAAUCGUAAAGCAGUACUACGAGAUCGGAUGGGUUGACAACAACCACAAGAGCAAAAGUCUGACCUAUCGGCUACCCAAGCUAGGCAGAGCAUAUGGACCUCGCCUUGAAUCGGGUGCAGCCAGACGCCGUCGUCAGCUGGACUAUUCCCGGCGUGUACCUAGUCAGAAACGAUUGGUGGAGGGUUCCAUCUAUCCCGGCCCUGCUGCUCUCCUCGUCGUCUGCAGUAAAAUGCAUAAGGAGGCAUGCUCAGUCUUCUACUCAAAGUCGACCUUCACCUUCCAUGGCCUGGGCGCCCUUCGUCAUUUCUUGAAUAACCUCUCCCCAACUGCGACGGAAGCCUUGACGCGACUUGGAAUCAAGCAUCGUGCCUACGGCGAACCGAACCGCACUGAAGAUCAGAUGUGGAAAGCCAAGCACGACCGGCUAUGGGAAGACUUGUGCUGGCGCAUCGCAGACCAGUGCAGUUCAUUGACUCGUCUCUCACUCGAUCUCACGCUGAACAAGUCACCGCUUUGGUUCGCGCCGUUCGAUCUCGCAGACAAGGCAGGAAUUGGUGCUCAGUGGAUCAAACCCUUAUGGGGCUUUCAAGAUGUGGGGAUCCAACGGUGCUGGGUGCGUCUGCACUGCUUGAGCAAAGACAGCUCGAUCCUGGAGGUUGAGAGUUGGAAGGUGAGAAAGGAGAUACUCGGAGCUCUAUGGGACGAAGAGGCGGAGGCGCAACGUGAUGCCUACGGGUUCGAAAAGCGCCAAAGUGGCGCAAAGGAAGUCCAGAAAGGCAUGGUGCUUAGACUUCGGGUCGAUGGAGGCCUGGAAGUUGCUUGA